UCCCUCCGCGUAGUCCGCUUCAACGGGAAAGAUGGCGGCAGGUUGUGUUCUGCAUUUCGGUUCGGUGUCACUCGGUUGAAUUGUCAGCUUUAAAAUCGUAUCAGACAAGUGUUGGGGGGAGCUCGUUGGAGUCUCGGGGAUUUUGGGUUCAUAGUUACGGCUGUGUUUGGAAGGAGACAACUUACUAAGUCUUUGCAAUGGCUACAGGAGGGUUGCCGUUAGAAGAUCACCUUGAUGAUCAAGAUUGGGUUGUCAGCAAUAGUAGCCUGGAAGACCGACUGAACAACAUGGACUGGGGACUACAGCAUAAAAAAGCCAAUAGAUCUUCAGAAAAAAAUAAGAAGAAGUUUGCUGUUGCAGCUGAAACCAGACUGACCAAUGACAUUUCUCCAGAGUCUUCACCUGGAGCUGGCCGCAGAAGAGCAAGGACACCUCACUCAUUCUCUCAUGUGAAAUACGCAACUCAGAUGUCUGUUCCAGAGCAAGCAGAGUUAGAACGGUUAAAACAGAAAAUCAAUUUCAGUGACCUUGAUGAGAGAAGUAUUGGAAGUGAUUCUCAAGGCCGGGCCACAGCUGCUAAUAAUCAGCGACAAUUUGCAGAGAACAAAAAGCCAUUCAACUUUUUACCUCUCCAUGUCAACACUAAUAAGAGUAAAGAAGUUUCAAAGACACUAAGUAAAGAGACCAAGGAGCAAUCAUUGAGUAAAGAUUGUGUAGUUCCUGUGCUGAGCAAAGAUUUGCUGGACCAUAUGCACCAACUUGGAGAGAGUCAAGAAGAUCUUCCAGUUGAAACCAGCCAAAUUGUUAGCCGUCUUAUCCAGAUCCGGGAAUAUAUUGCAAAAGCCAGCUCAAUGCGUGAUGACCUUGUGGAAAAAAAUGAAAUUUCAGCUAAUGUGGAGCGACUUUCCCAUCUCAUCGAUGAUCUUAAAGAGCAAGAGAAGGCCUACCUGAAACUGCUACAAAAGAUGUUGGCCAGAGAGAAUGAAGAUGAGGUGCGCACCAUUGAUUCUUUUGUAGGAUCUGGAUCUGUAGCAGAGAGCACCUCUCUAAAUAUAGAGGUUCAGUCAGAAGCUUCAGUUGCCACGGAGGGAUCUCGUAUUUUGAGAUUUCGACCCAGAAUUGAGGACAAUCUAGGGAAUUCAGCUCCACAAGAACAUUAUUCUGACUUAGAUGUUGCUACAACACCUAAAGAAAAAACAGAAACUUCUGCUAUGAAUGGCAGAGGAAUAUGGCAUUUUAGGAUUAAUAGCCAGGAUCAAGGAGAGCACUCAAAGGGACGAGAUUUGCAUCGUGAUGCAAAGGAGGAGCUUGAAAAUCUUAAAAAACAACAUGACCUUUUAAGAAGAAUGUUGCAGCAGCAGGAGCAACUGAAGGCACUCGAGGGAAGACAAGCAGCACUACUAGCAAUGCAACACAAAGCGGAACGAGCAAUAGCUUUCAUGGAUGAGACAGUUAUCACCGAAACUACUGGAAGUGUGUCAGGAGUCAGCAUUACAUCAGAGCUGAAUGAUGAAUUAAAUGAUUUAAUACAGCGAUUCCACAAUCAACUUCAUGAUUCACAGGCUAAAUCUGUUCCUGAUAACCGAAGACAAGCAGAAAGUCUGUCCCUUACAAGAGAAGUUUCCAGAAGCCGAAGUUCUCCACCAUCAGAGCAGCCUCCCCUAGAAAAUGCCAAGCUUAUUAAGCUUAAGGAGCUCCAAGAGAAAAAGCAUUCUAUGGAUAAGAUAUUAGAAGAGCUUCACUGCUUGAGAGACCAAACCCUUAACAAUUCAUCAUCUUGUCAGAGAAGUAUGGAUCAACGAAGUAUAGUAUCAGCACCUGCAGGAGCAACAGUGAACCAUGAUCCUAACAGCCGGUUGUCAGUCUCUCGUGUAAAUUCAACUAUAUCACACAAUGAAAGUGAAGUGGAGGAGAAUGUCAACCCCACAGAGAAACUAAGAAAACUGAAGGAAGUUCAUAAACGAUUAAAUGAGCUCCGUGAACUAGUUCACUACUAUGAACAGACAUCUGAUAUGAUGGUAGACACUAUAAAUGAAAAUACUAAAGAUGAUGAAACAGAGGAAGAGUCUAUUUUUGAUUCUGAUCAAGAAAACAUUGAACCCAUUACAAACUUAAGAAAUCCGAAGAGGAGCAGUAACUUGAUGGAAAUGAAUUCUUUGACAAGUCAUCGCAUUGGCAGUAAUAAUAGGGAUGGGAGACUAAACACUGAGUGUGAGAUUAAUAACAGAUCUGCUGCCAACUUACACAGUUUAAAUAUUCCAUCAGUCCUUGAAUGUCAGUAUAAUAGAGAAAACUCGUAUAAUGAAGAAGACCGAAAUGAAGAGGAGCAAAAUGAUGAUGAUGAAGGAAGUGAUGCGUCAGGUUCCAGUCAAAAAAGCGGUCUUGAGGCUGACCCAGAAUUUGCACAAAAAAUUCACCGACUCCAUACUGCAAAACAGAAACUAAAACAACUACAGGAGCUUGUCGCAAUGGUUCAGGAUGAUGAAUCUGAUGGUGUUGCUAAUAGUGCAACCCUAGUGGAGGAAACAGAGGGACUUCAACAGCCUAAUAAUAUCAGAGCUAAUGCCAUUAAAAUGCAGGAUGUUAUGAAAGAGAAAACAAGAGAGAAGUUCUAUGAGGCAAAGCGCAAACAGCAGCAAAAGGAGCUUAGACAGCUCCAUGAAGAGAGGCGUCGUCUUAUGGAAAUUCAAGAGAAGAUUCAGGAUCUUCAGUGGACAUGUCCUGAUUUGCAGUUUUCUGCAUCAAGCACGGCAAGCCAGCCAACAGCUUCAAAACGGCCAUGUGCUGCUUCAACUCCUGCUGUUUCCACCAAGACAGGACUUGCCAAGUCAGGCAUAGAUUCAGCCAGUGCUCAAGACAGCGAGCUAUGGUGUGAGAUGAGAAGACACCAAAUCCUUCGUGAAGAAUUAAGGCAGAGAAGAAAACAACUUGAGUCCUUAAUGGCAGAACAUCAAAGACGAAAGGUUUUCAAUGAUAAUUCAAAAGGUGGUGCAACAGAUGUUCCAAAUCCUCCGCAAAUGAGCAGUAAUGAAAGAACAAUGGCAACUUGGGGAGGGUCCACACAGUGUGUCCUGGAUAAAGAUGAGGAGAGCUAUACUUCAGAAGAGGUGGCAUUAGAGGAAGAAGAGGAGGAAGAGGCAGCAGAUGAAGAGAGUAGCUCCAAUGACAAUUUUCCUGCUUACUCCAACAGAAGACUUAAUAAUUCGAGAAAAGCAAAGAAAGACGGCUGGAAGGAAUCACAUCAAUUUUCUGUUGAUGGAAACAUCCGGCCCCUGCAGAAGCCAAGGCAUCAGCAGCAAAAUGUCAAUCUAAAGCGGCAAGAGAAUCAUCUUUGGGUGUCAGAUCUUUCGUUCCUUGAAGAAAGGGAACAGUAUAUGGAACAAAUCAGCCAGAUAAGGAAGCAAGUUGAUUUUAGCACCAAAAUGUACCAAGCAUUGAUGCAAGACCAACAGAACCUCUCCUUUAUGCUUCAGUCAAUGUUGAUGAGUCCGUUUAACAUUAUGUCCAAUAGUACCAGUUCUCCUCAAGUGCAGUUUUUAAUGCAUCAGUUAAAUCAAUGCUAUAUGCAAUUGUCGUGGCAGCAGAACCAUGUGCAGAGACUGAAACAAAUUCUGGAUGAUCUUGUGCAGCAGCAGGAAGAGUUUCAAAAAGUGGAAAAACGAAAACCAAAACAACAUCCAUGUUCAUCUUCCCCGUCUCCUAAUGUCUUUGUUCCAUCCAGCGUUUUCCCCACUUUGAAUACACUCAACAUGCCUGGUGUUGCACAUUUUUCUCCAUUAACUAACGGAUCAAACUUAAGCUCUGGUUUUCCAAAUGGUUUUGUGGAUACCUCUCGGAUUUCAGUGGGCCAAACUAGUGAACAACGCCACCACACUGAUCAUAAUACAACAGCAAAAACUGAGUAUAUGGCUUUUCCAAAACCAUUUGAAAGUACAUCAUUGAAUGCAACCGAUAACAUACGGAAACCAAAUGGACCUGAAGGUGAUACUGAAAUACAGGAAGCUUGUUGGGCUGAAAAACACUGUAUGGAUAGAAGUGACUCUUGCAUUCAGACAGAAAAACCAAUACUAACUCAGAAGGGCGGAAUAAGGCUUCAGUCUAAUGAAUGUAAAAGGGACAGGAAUUUGGAUGAGGAGUCCCUACAGAGUUUCAGCAGUUUUCCCGAUCCAGUUGAUCCUACAACUGUCACUAAAACCUUUAGAUCAAAAAAGGCUUCAGCUCAAGCAAGUCUUGCUUCUAAAGAUAAAACACCCAAAUCUAAAAGUAGCAGUGGAAGCAGCAAGAGAAGAAGGAAGAGUAAAAGUCGAAUUAAAAAUCCUGGAGCAAAUGCUGCUGAUAUUGACAGUGCAAGUUUAUCAAGUGAUAGUGACUUCACAAAAGAACAGGUUAACGUCUCCAGACAGACACAGGAACUUGAAACCGACUUCAACAAGCAAACCAGGGAGCUGCUGGAAAACAAAUUAAAAUGCCCAAAAUCCAAUGACUUUUCUUCAGCGCUUGUUUGGAGAGCUCCCUUCCAGUCACUCAGAAAUGCAUGCACUGAUAUUCCAGAAACAAGCAGUGACCUUUCAAUGUUUGAAGCCUUACGAGACACAAUUUACUCUGAAGUAGCAACUUUAAUCUCACAAAAUGAAGGAAGGCCACAUUUCCUCAUUGAGCUUUUCCAUGAGCUUCAGAUGCUUAAUACUGAUUAUUUACGGCAAAGAGCUCUUUAUGCUUUACAGGACAUUGUGAACAGGCAUUUGACAGAAACAAAAGAAACAAAUGAAGAGCAUGCAGCAUCUUUGAGUUCGGUUGUUUCAAACUCUGAACUGACUCCCAGUGAAAGCCUUGCAACUAGUGAUGUUGAAACUACUGAAAAGAUUACAGAGAGCAAACAGCCAUUCACCCGGAAAGCUAAUGAUGGAGAUGCUGAGUUUGGAGAUAAUGCAAGCAUUCUGUCCACAUCUUCAAAUCUUGAACCAUUUGCAAAUGAUGAUCUAGGAAACACUGUGAUUCACUUAGACAAAGCACUAGCUAGAAUAAGAGAAUAUGAACGUAUGAAACUCAGAACCGAAUGCACUGAAAACACUACAGAUCCUGCUUCAGAUGAGCUUAUUGAUGCUGAAAGAGGUGAUUCUAGAUUCCAGAAUCUUUCUGUACAUUCUUCUUCUGAAAUCCCUUGUCCACGUAUUGACACUCAACAAUUAGACAGACAGAUAAAAGCCAUUAUGACAGAAGUGAUACCUUUUUUGAAGGAACACAUGGAGGAUAUUUGCUCUUCACAUCUGUUAACUUCGAUUCGACGUAUGGUUUUGACACUCACCCAGCAAAAUGACGAAAGUAAAGAGUUUGUCCGCUUCUUUCAUAAACAGCUUGGAGGUAUACUGCAGGACUCUUUGUCAAAAUUUUCUGGUAGAACACUUAAAGAAUGUGGGGAAGAUCUACUUGUGGAAAUUUCUGAAAUCUUGUUCAAUGAACUGGCUUUCUUUCGGCUAAUGCAAGACCUUGAUGAGAACAGUGCUUCAUUGAAACAAAAAUGUAAAAAGAAAAAGGAACUAGCAGCUUCUCAACAAACAGUCUCAUCAGAGCCUGAAAAGGGAUUGGUGGCAUUUAACCAGUUUUACUACAAGUUAUACUCCCCAUCCUUACAGGAUAAAAAAGUUAUUGAAGGUGAACAUUCACUUGCUGGAGCAUGUGAAGAUGAAGAUAAAGACAUUGAUGAAACUGCACAGAAACCCACUUCUUGUGAAAUGCAGAUGACUGAAGAUCCACACGUUAAGGGUACUUUAAGUAAUGAAGGGUCUGGUGAAGAUGAUGAUUAUGACACAGAAGAACUACCUUUGUCAAUAAGUCUUUCCAAAGCUGAAACUCAGGCAUUAACUAACUAUGGUAGUGGCGAAGAUGAGGAAGAGGAGGAAUUGGAAGAGUUUGAAGCCAGUCCUGUUGAUGUGCAGACAUCUCUGCAAGCUAGUAGUGAGGCUGCAGAUGAAGAGGAUCAAAAAACUGAUGAGGGAGAAAAUCUUAAAUCUAUGAAUGUAAAAGAAGAACUUGAACCCUCCUCUACUGAAAAAGAUUUUCAUCAAACAAUUGAAGAUGAAGAUGCUACAGUUUUUUCCUGUAACUUUUGAAUGACGCUGAAAAUAAACCAGUUGGGAAAGAUCACUACUGUUGAAAUUCCAAGUGACACGCAGAGUGCUACCAACGGAAACUAGUCCUUCCUCACAUGUUAGUGAGACAACAGUCACAGAUAGUAUUCAUCAGCAAUCUGGAAAUGGAGCUUCACCCCAAUACCUCGGAGAGUUCGUUGCCAUGCAGUCCAGAUACAGACUCCCCUGUCCUAAUUAAUGAUUUUGAGGGAGAAUCUGGUAACCUAAGCCAAAAAUCUGAUGAGGAUGACUUUGUUAAAUUGGAAGAUUUACCAGUACAACUGUCUGUGAUGCC